UUUUUCAUUCAUUUCGUGUUGUAAACGUCAGUUCUCAGUCCUCAUUUUCGAACGUUCGCACAUUUUUUCAUUAGACAUACAAUUUUUUUAUUUUUAUCUUUUUAUUUGUUGCAAAUCAUAUCGAAGAAUUUAACUUAAAAGUCCCAAUUCAAUAUUAAUCAAUUUAAAUUGAAUGAAACCGAGACAGUUAAAUACAUAUCAAUUGAGAAUCUGAAUCUGUUUGGUCAGCAAAAAUGCGUUUCGACAUUUGAAGACGACCACGACGACCGACUAUAAAAAAAGUGAAAACCGCACGCAAUUCACAAUUUUUGUUCGACAAAAUUUAUAUAAAUAAACUUUUUGUCGAUCUGUGACUUUUUUUUUCAUCUCAAUCAUUCGAGUGAUUUAUUGCAAGAUUUUUUUUUGUAUCUUUUUUUUUUGGAUUGAUUGAAAAAAAUAAAAAUUAAGAAAAAAAAAGUUACCCAAUAUAAUUAAUUGAACAGCGAUUGAUAAAUAUGGGUAUAUCAACGGAUCCCCCUUUAUUAGAUGUGGAAUUACCAUCAGCACUCAUUGAGUCGCCUUCUGUGUCAACAUUUCUGCCAGAAGAGGAGGCUUCAAUGUGCCCCCUCCUGUCGACAAAUUCUUCCACCCCCUUGGCAUUCUCGCACCCCUUAACGCCAAAUGCCGACAAUGACAGUAAUAAUUCCAAUUUGGGAAUUUGUGAAGAUACUAAGGCCGAAACAAGUUCGUCAUCGGGCAGUAGUUCGGGCAUAGGAAUGGAUGUGACAGAUACUGCUGCAGCUAGUCUUUUUAAUCAUAAUAACUCCUAUCAUCAUCUAAGGAAGAAUAACAAUGAAGUGAUGCAGGACUCCAAUGGAUUAGGAGUUAAAGGACACUUGGUCAUGAAGUCAUCAAACGAUACACCAUCAUUCGUAUCAUGGAAUUGGCCACUAAUACGAAAAUGUACCUUCUUCAUUUUUAUGUCCAGCUUAUUGGCAAUGUGUGCCGUUGUUGUAGCAAUGAUUAUAACUUUGCCCAAAACUUGUAAUCCAAAAACUGCUUGGUAUCGAGGAAGUGUUUUCUAUGAAAUAUUCCCCGCUAGCUAUCAAGAUUCCAACAAUGAUGGACUUGGUGAUCUAAGAGGUAUAACAAAACGAAUAGACUAUCUGUCUGCUCUAGGAGUUGGAGCAGUUCGUUUGAAUUCAAUUUUUACUGCCGAACAUUAUCCCGACGAUUUUAAUAAUGUAACAUCUUUGUUAAACAUCGCAACAGUCAUUGGAAGUACAUCAGAUCUUUUGCAAUUAUCACGAGCACUUCAUGCUAGAAAUAUAUCAUUGAUCCUAGAUUUGCCAAUAUAUCCCUACCUCAAACGUUUGGAAGAAGCUAAUGAAGUUAAUUACACAGCCAAUAGUAAUAUGACUGAAGCAGCACCAAUUGAAACUGAUAAUCUAAUUUCGAUUGCUAUUCAAAAAUGGAUUGGACUCGGGGUCGAUGGAUUCUAUAUCAAGGGAUUGGAAAUGUACACAAAUGAUGAUAAUCUCUUGAAUAAUAUUGCCGAAUGGAAGCAUAUUCUUGGGCCUCAGAGGGCUCUAAUUAUUGAUAACGAAGUUAUUCAAAAACUCAACACCGCUAAGGCGAACAAAAUUCUUUCCCACGUUGAUUUGGUUGAUGUUCAUGUAGACGUUAUGAAUGGAACUCAGCAAACUAUGCAACAAAUUCAAGCUGCUUUGAAGGGUAUUCUAGCUCCCAGAGAAGAUGGACCCUGGAUUCAAUGGUCAAUUGGAGGGGUAAACAAACAACGUGUUUCCCGUCAAAUGAACGGAAACGCAUCACUUGCUGCAACAAUCAUGCAGCUAAUGUUGCCAGGAUCUCCAAAUAUUUUCUAUGGCGAUGAAAUUGCUUUGGAAAAUGUCCAUGAUCCUCAUAAUGAACAUUCGGAAACCAAGCAUUUGCAUCAUCUUUCCACAAUGGAAUGGUCAGAUGCAUUGAAAUUCACUAGCAGGGAAACCCUACCUUGGUUGCCAAAGAGUUCUUCAUUUAAUUUGGAGAAUUUCGAACAAGUUUCACGCAUGAUUCAUUUGCGUGAUCGAUCACCAUCGAUCUAUAAGAAUGUUAUUUGUAAGGCCUCGCAAAAUAUUCCCAACACUCAAGUGCGAAGUAGCCGAGAUGAUAUUAUUGUUGUGGAGAGAAUCUAUCCACGGAGGAAUUCAUUUGUUUCGAUUUCGAAUUUUGGUCAAAAAAUGGUUCAGAUGGACAUGACUUCAAUGUAUUACAGUGGACAUGUUAUGUUGGGAAAUACUCAAAGUGAUAAAAUCUACUUUGGGGAGUUUCAAAUUGGUGGUUUGGAAACCAUUGUUGUUCGACUUGAUAAAUAAAAUUAUUGUUUUGAUAGUUUUUUUUUGCAAA